AUGUCUUCAAAUUCGAUUCCAGGAGUAACAGUUCUCGCUCCAGUCACCGGGCCGCAGGAACAAAUUCUUUCGCGCGAGGCUCUGGAAUUCCUCGCUAAACUUCACAGAGCCUUUAAUCAUACACGUAAGACUCUGCUGCAACGCAGGAUUUUGAGGCAACAGGAAUUGGAUAGAGGAGUGUUACCCGACUUUUUACCUGAGACUGCACAUAUCAGAGAGAAUGAUGCAUGGCGUGGUGCAUCGCCUGCUCCAGGAAUGAUUGAUAGACGCGUGGAGAUAACUGGUCCUGUUGACAGAAAGAUGGUCAUCAAUGCCUUGAAUUCGGGCGCUUAUACUUAUAUGGCUGAUUUUGAGGAUUCGAAUGCACCUACAUGGGAGAACAAUUUAGAUGGUCAAGUAAACCUGCGUGAUGCUAAUCUUCGUACCAUAUCCUACACCAAUCCUGGCAAUGGGAAGAAAUACUCGCUGCGCGCGGAUGGUAAACUUGCUACCCUCAUUGUACGACCUCGUGGAUGGCAUCUUGACGAGGCACACGUUUUGGUUGAUGGAGUACCAAUUUCUGGUUCUAUAUUUGACUUUGGUUUGUACUUUUUCCAUAAUGCCAGGAGGACAGUUGAGAUUGGCAUUGGACCCUACUUUUAUCUGCCAAAGUUGGAAUCUCAUUUGGAAGCAAGGCUAUGGAAUGACGUCUUCAAUGUCUCUCAAGAUCUUCUUAAUAUCCCGCGAGGCACUAUCCGUGCGACAGUGCUUAUUGAAACAAUUCUCGCUGCCUUUGAAAUGGACGAGAUCAUUUACGAACUGCGCCAACACUCCUCUGGUCUCAAUUGUGGCAGAUGGGACUACAUAUUUUCUGUCAUUAAGAAGUUCCGUCAGAGCUCCAACUUUAUCCUUCCUAACCGGGCUGAUGUUUCGAUGACUGUUCCAUUUAUGGAUGCCUACGUGAAAUUACUGAUCAAGACAUGCCACAGGCGUGGAGUGCAUGCGAUGGGUGGUAUGGCUGCUCAGAUUCCGAUUAAAAAUGAUCAGAAUGCUAACAAGGUUGCCCUCGAUAAAGUGCGUGCCGACAAAUUGCGUGAAGUUAAGGCCGGUCAUGAUGGAACUUGGGUUGCACAUCCCGAUUUGGUCAAAGUGGCAUUGGAAGUGUUCAAUGAGAAUUUGAAGACUCCUAACCAGAUCUAUGUACGUCGAGAAGACGUGAAUGUAUCCGCACUUGACUUGCUUAAUAUGAACGUCCCAGGUUCCAUCACCGAAACCGGUAUUCGCAACAACAUCUCUGUUGGACUUACAUACAUCGAGUCUUGGCUACGUGGUCUUGGGUGUGUUCCAAUUCAUAAUCUCAUGGAGGAUGCUGCCACGGCCGAGAUUUCUCGUUCGCAGCUUUGGCAAUGGGCCAAACACCGUACUCGUAUUGCAGAUGGCAAAACUGUAACUCCCGAAUACCUCAUCAAGCUUCUUGACGAGGAAGUUAGUAAGAUUGAGAAGCAGCAGGGAGCUCAGCGGUUCGGUCAGACGAAAUAUACUCUCGCCAAACGAUACCUUGCGAGUCAGAUCACGGGAAAGGAAUAUGCCGAAUUUAUUACUACAUUGUUAUAUCCAGAGAUUACGGGUGUUCAUCAGAAGGCCAAGAUCUAA